GCGUUGCUCCGGGGCCCGUCGCCAGGCCCGGCGGCAUUUCCUGGGGUUCCCUGGCCCCCUUGCGGGCGAGGGGGCAGGAACUUGGCGAGCCGCGAUUGCAGGAGCCUGGCCAGCCCGGAGCCGAGGGAACCGCUGGCCCAUGCAGAGCUGCAGCCGGCUCAGGCUCCGCUCCGCGCGGCAUUAAUUCCCGGGAAGGGGAGGGAGCCCUAAUCCCUGACAGCUGCUGCUUCGCACGGAUCAAUAACCCUUUUCACUUUUCCCGCGGCUUGUUCUGCGGGGAGCGCCAUCGAUCGGGGCAGCUCCUCCUGCCGGCUUCCUCUCCCCUCCUCGCCCUGAGCGCGCAGCCGGCGAGGGAGGAGGCGGGUGGCCCGCGGCGAGGGCACGGCCGGCACGGCCUCGCGGGCCCCAGGAGCCGGAGGGUUUGCAGCUCCCAACUUUGGGAGCAGGAGCCGCACGGCAGGGAGGCGGUUAACGUCCAGGAGGAUCCACGGCCGGGGGAUUAGGAGGGGCUGCUCGGCUGGCUGGCUGCAGGCUGCCUCCGGCUCCCAGUCCCCGCUCCAGCCGCGGUGACUGCUCCUCUCCUGGGGCAGGAAGUCGUGGCAGGGGUGCCAGGCCCCGGCGGGCGAGCGGAGCUGCCAGCGAGCGGCCGCGCUCUCUGCUCCCCUUGGCAUCACUUUGCCGCGGCCGAGCUGUUCUAACAAGUGGCUGGAGCAGCACUUUGGAGCUGGCCGGGGCUGGCGGGGCUCGGUUCGGUGCGGCCCCCUGCCCGGGGGGCUCCGGUCCCUGCCCGCCGCCUCUGCUCACGCGCCGGGCUGCACGGGGAAAUGCCGGUGACAUGUCUUGAAUGAUUAAGUGUUCCCUGGAUUGUAUUAGCACAUGCUGCCUACCCGCUGCCUGUCUCUGCCGGGUCUUCGCCAGCGCAGGGAGGCAGAGGCCGGGUUAUUUGACAGCUGUAUUUGUGCUGAUAAGCGAAGGCACAAGGAGACGAUCGACUCGUGAGACAAGAGGGAAGCAGCGGCUGGGAGCGCCGGAGAAGGGCUGCGCUUCCCUUGGCAUCGCCCCGCUCUCGCUCGGCGGGUGAGGUGUCCUGCCACAGAGGAGGCUCCCCCGUGCCCGUCCCUGGCUCUGGCCAGGUCCCCACGCCGGGGGCUAGCUCGCUGGCUGGGCACGGUGGGCGCGCCGGCCGCUCUGGGCAGAUGCCAAUUGAGAUCGUGUGUAAAAUUAAAUUUGCCGAGGAGGAUGAGAAGCAGGAGGAGGAAGAGGAAGGGGACAAGGAGAGCCUGAUCGAGGAGCCCAGCCGCCGGCGCACCCGCGACCUGGCCGCCUUCGCUGGUACCAGCACCCUGCACGGCCUUGGCCACAUCUGCGGGUCGGGGCGCCUGGGCGUGCGGCAGACACUGUGGGCCUUCGCCUUCCUGCUCUCGCUGGCCUUCCUCCUGUCCCAGGCCGCCCGCUCGGCGCUGCUGUACCUGGAGCGCCCGCACCUCGCGGCGCUGGACGAGGAGGCCGCCCGCGAGAUGCUCUUCCCGGCCGUGACCAUCUGCAACAUCAACCGCUUCCGCCACUCCGCGCUCUCCGACGCCGACAUCUUCCACCUGGCCAACAUGACCGGGCUGCCCCCCAAGGACCGCGAGGGGCACAGGGCGGCCGACCUGCUCUACCCCGACCCGGACAUGGCCGACAUCCUGAACCGCACCGGCCACCAGCUCGACGACAUGCUCCAGAGCUGCAACUUCAGCGGCGAGAAGUGCUCCUCCCGGAACUUCACCGUGGUCUACACCCGCUAUGGCAAGUGCUACACCUUCAACGCCGACGGGAGGCGCCCGCGCGUGGCCCGCCAGGGCGGCCGGGGCAACGGGCUGGAGCUGAUGCUGGACGUCCAGCAGGAAGAGUACCUGCCCAUCUGGAGAGAGACCAAUGAGACGUCGUUCGAGGCCGGGAUCCGGGUGCAGAUCCACAGCCAGGAGGAGCCGCCCUACAUCCACCAGCUGGGCUUUGGGGUCUCCCCCGGCUUCCAGACCUUCGUGUCCUGCCAGGAGCAGAGGCUCACCUACCUGCCCCAGCCCUGGGGGAGUUGCCGGGCCAGCGUGCCCGGGGAGCAGAUCCUGCCAGGCUACGAGGGCUACAGCAUCGCGGCCUGCCGUCUGCAGUGCGAGAAGGAGGCCGUGGUGAGCAGCUGCCAAUGCCGCAUGGUGCACAUGCCAGGGAACGAGUCCAUCUGCUCGCCCAACGUCUACAUCGAAUGCGCCGACCAGACGCUCGACGCGGCGCUGGAGGACCCCCAGGAGCGCUGCAGCUGCCCCACGCCCUGCAACCUGACCCGCUACGGCAAGGAGAUCUCCAUGGUGCGCAUCCCCAACAAGGGCUCGGCCCGCUACCUCGCCCGCAAGUACCACCGCAACGAGACCUACAUCCGAGAGAACUUCCUGGUGCUGGACAUUUUCUUCGAGGCGCUGAACUACGAGGCCAUCGAGCAGAAGAAGGCCUACGAGCUGGCGGGGCUGCUGGGGGACAUCGGGGGGCAGAUGGGGCUGUUCAUCGGCGCCAGUGUCCUGACCAUCCUGGAGAUCCUGGACUACGUCUAUGAGGUGAUCCGGGACAAGGUGAGCCGGGCUCUGGGCCGCUCCAAGCCGCCCCUGAGGAAGCCAGCGGGCAGCAUCGCCACGCUGGGGCUGGAGGAGCACAACGAUCAGAGCCCCUGCGGGACGCUGGGCCGACACGCCGAGGGCACCUACAGCACCAGCAUCCUGCCCAACCACCGCCACCGCGAUGCCCACCAGGGCGUCUUCGAGGACUUCGCCUGCUAGGCCGGGCUCAGCACUGCGGGCGCGAAGGGCCCCCCCAGCCCCACGGGCUGCACGGAGAACGGCACCAGCGCCUGGCACGGUGGGCACCGGGCCCAUCCCCUCCCCAGCCGGCCCCCCGCCCCAGCCCGUCAGCCACACCUGGCGCCUCCCGGAGAGGCCGUAGAUGCUUUGGACCCUCACCCCUGCCCGCUCCCCUCCCGCCCGGCCCCAGGACCGGCCCAGCACGGCAGCCCCACGCCCAGCCAGCGCCGGGGUUGGCCCAGCACGAAGCACCCAGCGCAGAACAGAGCCGCGCAGCCCUGCCCCAGGGAGCAGCCGGCCUGGACAGACGUGGCACCGGCCGGAAAACAGCCCGGCCCGAGGACCGGGCCCAGCACGGGGACCGGGGGACGUGCCGGGGGGGCAGGGACCAUGUGUAAAUGCUGCAUUUGGCUGUGGAGGUGAAACCCCGCCCCCAGUGUGGAUGAACACCUCCCCCACACACACCCCGGGGUGGGGGGCUGCAGCCCACUAGCUCCCACCCCACAGGGAAGGGGCCUCGCUCAGAACAGCCUUGGGCCGCCCUAGAGCCUCCCGCCCAGCAAGCGCCCCCUGUGGCUGCACCAGCUGGCUGCAUGACCCCCCCCAUGCCAACUACCCCCACGCAUGCCCCGUCCUGCACCCC